AUUAGUCUCUAACAUCGUCCGAAGAAGGAAGAGGCUAGAGCAUCCAUUUUUCUAUUAGGGUUUUCCUUCUUUGUUUUAUAUAUAAUAUUUAAUUUUACAAAGAAACCUUAAAAAGAUCCUGCAAAUCUUGGCGGCAAAAAUGUCAAUGGGAGGGAGGAGCAAAGUGAAGUUCAUGUGCAGUUUCGGCGGCAAAAUCCUCCCCAGACCUUCCGACGGCCUUCUCAAAUACGUCGGCGGCGAAACUCGCGUCAUCGCCGUCUCUCCAGACAUCACCUUCCUCGAACUCACCAAGAAGCUGACGGAGAUGACAGAGAACGACAUGGUCCUCAAAUACCAAAUCCUCCCCGAAGAUCUCGACGCCUUAGUCUCCGUAAAGUCCGACGAAGAUCUCAAACACAUGAUGGACGAAUACAACCGUCACCACGAGUCUCCCAAACUCCGAACCUUCUUGUUCCCAGCGAACCCAACGGUGGUUCUUGACAAUCAGUUAGGUGGUCCUAUCGAGCCUCAGACGAUAGAGCAACGUUACAUCGAAGCCAUCAACGGCAUUCUUCGCAAGACUGCUCCAAUCAAGACACGGCCUUCUUUCACCCUAUCUGCUUCCACGUCUCCUAAAUCUGAAUCAUCACCCGAUGGACACGGUCCUGAUUUGGGUAGCAGCUACCAGUUUAGUCGGCUUUACCCGAUGCAUAGAGUACGAAGCAGUCCUAACAUCUCACAGCAGAUACAGCAGCCACACAACCAUCACCACCACAAUAGUGCUUACUUUCAGCAACCUAACUACUUGACUUGUAGACUGCGGCCUCCACCGCCGCCACAGUUAGAUUUCCCUAGAGGCGCAGGAUGGGAUCCACAGGGUGGUGGUGGUAAUGGAAAGUACGGGAGCAGUGAGGAACGUAGGUUAUGGGGUAGAGCAAGCAGUGUUCCUCAGAGUCCUAGGAGCCAUGGAUUUCGUCUCUGAUCUUGCUCCUCCACCCAUCUGUGUAAUGUAUGUAUAUAUGGUCUUGUGUUUUGUUGCUAUGCAGUUUCGACAUCUUUGUGGAAUGGGAUGCAAGAGGUUCGGUUUUGUAAAGCUGAAAAGAAUUUGUGGAUUCACUUAUGUGUUUAAAGACAAAGUUUGACUCUUACCAUUUG